AUGGAGCAACUGUGCCUGUUCGUCAUCAAAAGGGGCAGCGCAGCAGAUACCAUUAGGCCAUCACAGUUUUUGAGGGAUGGCGAGACCUUGGUCUCCAGUGGAGGAAAGUUCGAAAUGGGUUUCUUCAGCCCUGGCAAAAGCUCCAGGAAUGUCUACUUGGGAAUCUGGUUCAAACCCAUCCCAGUCAGAACAGUUGUUUGGGUUGCAAACAGAGACAACCCCAUCCAAGACCCAUCCGGCGCCUUCACGAUCAAUGGCAGCGGCAGUCUCCUCCUUCUCGGCCGGAACCACAGCGUCGUGUGGUCAUCGAGUUCACCGGAACAGGACGGCGUGAACCCAGUAGCUCAGCUCUUGGACACCGGAAAUUUGGUGGUAAGAGAUGAGAGAAAUUCAGUGAGUAAUAGUAGUUAUUUGUGGCAAAGCUUUGACUACAUAGGUGAUACUUUAAUUCCUGAGAUGAAGCUUGGAACAGACCUGAAGACCGGUCAGGUCUGGCGCAUGUCGUCGUGGAAGAGCCCCGACGAUCCGUCUCCGGGCGACCUCAGCUACGAGCUGGAACCUACCUCUUACGCUGAAGCCCUAAUGAGGAAAGAUUCUGCAAAGUUUUUCCGAAGCGGGCCCUGGAAUGGCGUCCGGUUCAGCGGCGGUCCGGAGCUUAGGCCGAACCCGCUUUUCGGUUUUCAGUUCGUAGCCAAUUCCGAGGAGCUUUACUCCAAGGACCAGCUGAAGAACGAGUCUGCCAUAACCAUGUACCGGCUGAACGACACAACCGGCAGCGGGGACCGUUACAUUUGGUUCGAAGCUGAGCAGACAUGGAAAACCUACCUCUCAAACCCCACGGACAACUGCGACACUUACGGAUUGUGCGGUGCGUAUGGGAUUUGUGUGAUCAGCGAGUCGCCAGUUUGCCAGUGCGUGAAGGGGUUUGUGCCUAAGUCGCCGAGAAAAUGGAGCACGAUGGACUGGUCGGAAGGGUGCGUGAGAAGCCAGGCAUUGAAGUGUGGGGAGGGAGAAGGGUUUGCCAAGUUCAGCGGGUUGAAGCUUCCGGAUACGGCGCAUACAUGGGUGAACAACAGCAUGAGUCUGGAGGAAUGUAGAGCGAAGUGCCUGGCCAACUGCUCCUGCGUGGCUUACGCCAACUCAGAUAUUCGAGGAAGCGGCGGUGGGUGUGCCAUGUGGUUUGGUGAUCUUGUGGAUAUGCGGCGGAUUUCCAUCGAUGACCAGCCGUUGUAUAUUCGAAUGCCAAUUUCGGAACUAGUGGCUAAGGAAAAACACAGCCAGCGCAAGAAGGUAAUAGUGCUGGUUUGCGUGGUUGUCGUUGCCGCCAUCGCAGGGGUCUAUUACUUUCACCUCCGCAAAAGCAACACAAACUCGGAAGGAAAUGCAAGGGGCAAUUUCGGAAAUGAUUGCAGUAAUGAAAUGCAAGAAAGAGACAUGGAAUUACCAUCAUUUGACUUGGCUAGCAUAGCUUAUGCCACUGAAAAUUUUUCAAUUCACAAUAAGCUUGGAGAAGGUGGUUUUGGACCUGUGUACAAGGGCACAUUGUUGGAUGGUCGAGAAAUUGCAGUGAAAAGACUUUCCUUAAGUUCUGGACAAGGACUGAACGAGUUAAAAAAUGAAGUCACACUUAUUGCAAAGCUUCAACAUCGAAAUCUUGUAAAGCUUCUUGGUUGUUGCGUUGAAGGAGACGAAAGGAUGUUGAUUUAUGAAUACAUGCAUAAUAAAAGCUUGGACUUCUUUAUAUUUGAUCAAACAAAAGGUAAACUAUUAGAGUGGUCAAAGCGUUUUCACAUUAUUCUUGGAAUUGCUCGAGGGCUUCUAUAUCUUCAUCAAGAUUCAAGAUUGAGAAUUAUUCAUAGAGAUUUGAAAGCAAGUAAUGUCUUACUUGACAAUGAGAUGAACGCAAAAAUUUCAGACUUUGGCCUAGCCAGAUGUUUUGAAAACAAUCAGACCAUGGCAAACACAACUAGAGUGAUUGGAACUUAUGGUUAUAUGGCACCUGAAUACGCUAUUGAUGGACUAUUCUCAAUAAAAUCUGAUGUCUUUAGUUUUGGUGUUUUAUUACUGGAGAUAGUAAUUGGAAAGAAAAAUAGAGGAUUUUAUCACCCAAGUCAUAACCUUAACCUUGCUGGGCAUGCAUGGAGGUUAUGGGAAGAAGGCCGACCAAUGGAGUUGAUUAUUGAUACAUCAUAUGGGGACUCAUACUAUGUUCCACAAAUGCUAAGAUGCAUCCAUGUGGGACUCUUGUGCGUGCAACAACAACCUGAUGAUAGGCCAAACAUGUCUUCUGUGGUUCUAAUGUUGAGUAGUGAGAGUACACUACCUCGACCCAAAAGGCCAGGCUUUUUUGUGGAAAGGAAUCUAGUAGAAGAAGUAAAUUCUUCUAAUAAAUUCAUAUCAAAUUCUACCAAUGAGAUUACAAUUACGGAAUUAGAGGCUCGAUAG